UGCCCCGCGGCAUACGAGCAGGGCGCCAUGGACUGGCGCGACCAGCCGCAGCUGAACCUCGAGUACCUGGUCAAGGUGCCCAGGGUCGAGUUGUUCUCCCAGCCGCCGCUGCAGGCCGAACCGAGGAGGCCGGCCUUCGGCGAGACCCCGCACUGUCUGUGCCCUCCGUUCGAGUGCGUGUGCGGCGGGAGUCCCAUCACGAGUCCUGGUCCCUCCCGUCGGCAGGACUACCGCCAGGCGCCGGACCCGUGCAGCAUGGCCAACAUGAUGUCCUCGGCCAUAGAGAUGCACGCGGAUUCCGUGUUCCAGGUCAUCGACAAAAUCCUGUCCUCAGACAAAGCGGCUCCAAAGGACCACUACGAGUUCCAGUGCACAGACCCGUCCAACGACGCUGCGUUUCACGCGAGCCGAGAAAGUUCGUCGGGUAUCGGGGACGAUUCUUCGACAUGGAGGACCGCCGCCAAAAACGCCGGGGACUUUGCACACCCUGCGUCCUUCAUGGUCCUGGAGCAGCCCGCAAGACCCGAGGCCAAGGCUUGCUCCACGGCACCACACUGCGAUGAGGACUACGUGCUGACAUCGCUCGACGAUCCAGACAUCUCGCAGAGGUUCUUCGCGGCCAUCGACAACAUCUUGCAGGAUUACGGUGGGGAAGCGCCCAGCACCGGGUGGAACGGGGAGGUGUCCCAUGCGCACACGCUGGACGGUGCCCAGGAGACCGGUGGGACACCGCAGGAGCUACGAGUGAAGGGUGAACACUCGGCGGACAGAACCAUGUGUGUCUACUUCCACGCCGGAGGCGGUCCGCCCGGAAGGGGCUCCUGGCAACACGGCGAUGGCCACCCGCUGAGGCCGUGCCAAGCAGAACUGGCAUCGUUUGGAGUGCACCCAAUGCCCUAGGGGCACAUAGUCAUCGCGUUCCGGGAUCUCCAAUAAAUUUAUGCUUAAGU